GGCCGCCAUUAAAAACAUGUGUAUUUUGAAAAAUUUACAAUUUUUCAGGACGUUGCCUAAAUUAACGCUUUAUCCUCAAUGUGCAUCAUUCUCAACUAAACCGGAUAUUCCUAGAAUACUCAGGAUACGACAAAUAUGCAUGGGAUGUAGGAAUUAUUCUGGAACAAAGUCACAAAGUGGAAGCCUUACUGAUGACAUUUUGAAACAAAAAUUUACACAGGAAAGUUCCAAAGACUCACCAGAAAAUGAUGAAAAACAGUCUAAAAAGGGCUCAAAGGGAAAGCGAUUUGAAAAUUGGACUGGUAAAAAUGCCUGGAAGCUAGGUCUGGUGUUUAUGAGUGGUUGGAGUAUAAUGACAGGCGGAUAUAUGUUUUAUCUUUGGGGUUCACCAAAGAGAGAUGAAAAUGGCCAAAUUAUUCAAGAUGAGUUUAUGAAAUUACCUACAAUGGAGCAGUAUUUUAGGAGGGCUAUCAAUGAGUUUGAAUUUUUCAAAAAAAUGAUCAAAGAACCAACAAGUGAAAAAUUGCUUCCUGACCCCCUGAAGGAGCCAUAUUACCAACCACCUUAUACACUAGUCCUAGAGAUGACAGGGGUUCUCGUUCACCCUGACUGGACUUUGAACACUGGGUGGAGAUUCCAGAAAAGACCAGGAGUUGCCUAUUUCCUGCAACAAGUUGGUCCUCCACUCUUCGAAGUGGUGAUAUACACAGCCGAGAAUGGAUUUACUGCUUUUCCUAUCAUAGAUGGCCUAGACCAAGAGGGCUACAUAAUGUAUAGGCUGUUUAGGGAUGCCACAAGAUACAUGGAUGGACACCAUGUUAAGGACCUUUCUUGCCUGAACAGAGACCUUAAAAAGGUGAUAUUUGUGGAUUGUAACCCCAAGUCAUAUGAGUUACAACCAAGAAAUGCCAUUGGUUUGAAGAAAUGGACUGGUGAUAAUGAAGACAGAACACUUAUUGAUUUAGCCACUAUGUUACGCAUGAUAGGCACCAGUGGUGUGGAGGAUGUGAGAACAGUACUUGACUAUUACAACCAGUUUGAUGAUCCAGUUGCUGCUUUCAAAAUAAACCAGGAAAAACUAAAGGAGGAACAAAACAAGAAGCUUCAAGAGUUACAGGAUCAGAAAAGCAAACAGACACAACUUGGUGGACUUUCUAAAGGACUGUUUGGUAGCAGGAGGUGAGAAGGAAUGCAGAGGAUAUACUAGCAUUCAGAUUGGAAGGGGUAUAAACAAUAACAAUGUUGGAGGCAUUUGUCAAGCAUGUAAACAACGCCUGCUCAUGAGAGCAAAAUGAACAUUAUAAUAAUUUUGAUCAUCCACAAACCACAUAUAUUAAAAUUGAAAUAAUUAAAUAUUUGAAAUAAACAAACAUUGCCAUCAGCUGAUAAUAUACUAAUAACAACAGACAUUAAAGCAUUAACCUGAUUAAAUCUUGGGCUUCUGGGAAUUAACAAGGUGAGCCCAAAUCUAAACAUUCAUUAAAAAAAUGCUGUAAUUUUUCAACCUGAUGGAUCAUAUGGAAACAUUGAUAUGUGCAACAAUUUUAAAUAAAAUUAAUAUGAAGAAAAAAGUGUUUGAAUGUUAAGUUGUGUAUUUGUAAAUGUAGAAAUAUUGCUAUAUUAUAAAUUCCUCU